CUUUGUGGCCAAGAUCACAGGCGAGAAAAGCACUUCGGAAAGAUCGCAGGCGAGAAAAGCACUUCGGAAACUGUAAAGUGCUGUACGAAUAACCUCUGCAAAAGGCAUUUGCCUUGAGGCCCCCUAACUUAUCCGGCCCGGGAGUCGCUCGGGUCUCCACCCCUCUCCAAGGCCGCGCGGCGCGGGGUAGGAAGGAGGAUUAACCCCUGGGCUCCUGUCUGGGCGUUUCUCCAGGCGGCCGCGGAGGAGUUCCGCCCCUCGCCCCGUCCAGUCCCGCCCCGCCGCCUCCGCUCUCUCUCGCCCGCACUCGCGCUCCGCUAGUCUCUCCCGCCCAAGGCCCGGCUGCGCUUCCCCGGCCCGCACUGCAAAGCAAGGCGCGGCUGGCGGGCCGCCAGGAUGCAGGUCCCGCACAAGGAGCACCUGUACAAGCUGUUGGUGAUCGGCGACCUGGGCGUGGGCAAGACCAGCAUCAUCAAGCGCUACGUGCACCAGAACUUCUCCUCGCACUACCGGGCCACCAUCGGCGUGGACUUCGCGCUCAAGGUGCUCCACUGGGACCCGGAGACCGUGGUUCGCCUGCAGCUCUGGGACAUCGCAGAGCGCAGGCUCAGCGGCCAUGGCUCAUGGGCCCAGCCGCUCCGCGGCAUGUGGGAUCUUCCCGGACCGGGGCACGAACCCGUGUCCCCUGCAUCAGCAGGUCAAGAAAGAUUUGGAAACAUGACGAGGGUCUAUUACCGAGAAGCUAUGGGUGCAUUUAUUGUCUUCGAUGUCACCAGACCAGCUACAUUUGAAGCAGUGACAAAGUGGAAAAAUGAUUUGGACUCCAAGUUAAGCCUCCCUAAUGGCAAACCAGUGUCAGUGGUUUUGUUGGCCAACAAAUGUGACCAGGGGAAAGAUGUGCUCAUGAACAAUGGCCUCAAGAUGGACCAGUUCUGCAAGGAGCAUGGUUUCGUAGGAUGGUUUGAAACAUCAGCAAAGGAAAAUAUCAACAUUGAUGAAGCUUCCAGAUGCCUGGUGAAACAUAUACUUGCGAACGAGUGUGACCUGAUGGAAUCCAUUCAGCCUGACAUCGUGAAGCCCCAUCUCACAUCUCCCAGGGUUGUCAGCUGCUCCAGCUGUGCUAAAUCCUAGUAGGCUCCUAUGCUGGCGUAUGAUGGAAGUGAUCCAAUCAUCUCAUGAAUUGUGUCUCAGUUCCUACCGUUUUGGGCAAAUAUCAGGAUAGGGAUACAUCUGGGGCAAAGCCAAAGAUCUGUGCCUGUAUCUUUCCUCUAAGAGAAAUAGCAAAUGUUCUUUUUAUGUUUUUCUCAGCAUCAGCACAGUGUUUACAAGCUUUUAAAAUAUUUAGUCUGUUACAAAAUUCUGUCUUGUAGCUGACCAUAAUUGUGCAGGGCCAGAGUCGGCCCAGUGAUUUGCUUCUUUGAGUCAGCCAAGGCCUCAGGUCUGAAAGAGAAGGGGGAGAGGAACAGGCUAGCUGUCAAGUUAAGCAUCGGGUUUUCACUUUGCCCCUGGUGUCUUUGUUCAGAUUUCAGUACAUCCUCUGCUGGUCUGACAGGCCUACUAAGUAGAAACAGUAUUUUCUCCAGAGAUGACCUCAAUUCUCAACAGACCUAAAGUUGUCUCUGAUUUAGCUCUUCAGAGCCAUGUACACAGGCUUCCUGUGCUUUUGUUGCUUUUACUGUCCCUUGCCAUGCCCUGAAUGUUGGUUUAACUGAAAACUUUAUGAAAAGACUGCCCCUGGUAUGUGCCUUUCUUUUAGCUUUCUCUUUUAGUCCCACUCAAGCUGUGGGACUCUUCUGUGCGUGUAAUACAUAUUAUAUAUAUUUUCACAAGUGAAAAUAAAACAUUAAAAGAUGCUGUUUCCUUA